AUGGCUACUGCUGGGCAACAAUCGCAGCCCCCUUCAUGGAAAGAGGAAGCACUGAGACGCAAAAUCCAGAAUGAGCGGUCGAAAGACGUUGAACGUCGAUGGGAGCAUUUAAUUAACACCGGUGGCGCUGAUGCUCCCGCCGAAUGGAUGCGGGAAACGGCCUUAAAGAAGAAGGCUGCCAGAGACAAUUUAACUGCCAAUGGCAUUCCCCCCUGGAUGCAAGAAAUGACUCGUCGGAACAGCAACCUAACCAAGAAAAUGCAGGAGGCCCAAAAAGUCGAUGGAAUCGACCCUUCCGAAAAGGCACCGGUAGCAACCAAACCGGAGUAA